AUGUCUACACACACACACACACAUAUAUAUAUAUAUAGAUGUAUGUUAAUAUGUUUAAACUACAAAAAAGAAAAAAAAAUGUACUCACAUGAGAGGCAGGGGGGUUGUGGGGAAGUGCCUUUUGUUUACCUUUUUUUUUUAAUUUUUUUUUCAUUUUAUUGCUACCGCCUUGAUAUUUACGAAUAUCUCUCAAGGCGCGUGCAUCACUGCGCUGGAUGGGAACUGAGGAGGAAAAAAAAAAAGAAGAAAGGAAAGGAAAGGCCACGUACAAAAAGGUGUUGUUGUGUACUUGAAAUGACUGAAGAGGAGGAUAUGCGUGGAUGUAGCAGAAAAAAAAAAUAA